GUCGGUCAAGCAGUAGCUCAGCGCAUACUUGCGCAUCAGUCAGGAUUUGUCAUCCGGAGUCGAUGGUGACAACUAGAUGGUGCUCAAGUAAAUCAUGAUCCGAAUCGCUGCACUAAACGCGGCCUCAGUGGCUGCGGACGAGCACGAGGAUCCCCUGAAAACUCACAAGAGCCAAACCAAGGAGGCUCAGGAAGCUGAGGCUUUUGCUUUGUACCAUAAAGCCUUGGAUCUUCAAAAGCAUGACCGGUUUGAAGACUCUGCCAAAGCUUACCAUGAACUCCUUGAGACCCCACUUGUCAAGGAGGCGAUGCCCUCUGAUGAUGAGAAGGUCGGCCUCAAACACCCGGGGCUGAUGCUGAAAUACUCCACCUACAAAAAUCUUGCCAGCCUGGCCGUGCUUCGAGACGACCUGGAGACAGCCAUGGAGUUCUACCUAGAGGCUGUGCUGCUGGACUCUACUGACGUGAGCAUGUGGUACAAGAUUGGCCAAGUGGCCAUGCGGCUGGUGCGGAUCCCGCUGGCACGGCACGCCUUUGAGGAGGGCCUGCGCUGCAACCCUGACCACUGGCCCUGUCUGGACAACCUCAUCACCGUGCUCUACACGCUGAGCGACUACAGCUGCUGCCUGUAUUUCAUCUGCAAAGCCCUGGAGAAGGACCGCUGCUACACUAAGGGCCUGGUGCUGAAGGAGAGGAUCUUCCAGGAGCAGCCCUGUCUGAGGAAGGACUCUUUCCAAAUGUUCUUGAAAUGUGACAUGUCGGUGCACUCUGUGGAUGUGGAUGAAGAGGAGGCCCAGGCCAUUGUGCAGGAGGGGCUGGAGCUACGCCGCCGCCGGCAGGCGCUCUCCACCCGUGAACCCAAGCCCGACUUGACCUUAGUGCGGCCCAUCUCUUACUUCACGUGGAAGUGUGUCGGGGAGAGCCUGCUGGCCAUGUACAGGCACCAGACCACCUGCGAGCCCCCCCGGCCCAGCUUGGGCCGCAGGAUCGACCUGUCGGAGUACCGCGACCCGGCUCGCCUCCAGGCCUCCCCACAGUCCUUCACCCUGGUCAGUGUGAUCCAGACCCUACCCAGCAGCAGCCCCAGCUCCUCCCUGCCGCCGGUCAGCGACAUGCCGCCCCUCACCCAGCCCAGCACCCUGACCCAGAUCCCUCAGAACCAGAACACUGUGGAGGUCUCCACCACAGCCCCUACCAUGGGAGUGGACAGCUCUCUCAGUGACAAAGUGAAGAAAGCCACCAAGAGGAAGCGUGUGAUGGAGGAUAACGGGGAAACGGCUAAGCGGCGCUCAGCUCGCGUCAGAAACACCAAGUGCAAGAAGGAGGAGAAGAUCGACUUCCAGGAGCUGCUGCUGAAGUUCCUCCCCUCCAGGCUAAAGAAGUUUGAUUUUGAAGAUGACGACGAGAGCCUAAGCAACUAUGAGGCGCAGUCCGAGGUCAAACAAGACUCCCAGCUGCUCCCAGGCACAAACUCCAUGCCUUUCGACUCCAUCAUGUUCAUGGAAUCAGAGCGACAAGAUGUCCAUGACUUCCUGCUCAGCAACAUGCAGAACAGCGGGAUCCUGGAGCUGAUGAUGCGCUACCUAAAGGCCGUGGGGCAGAAGUUCACGGAGGAGUGGCCUCCAGGUCUGGCAGCUGUCUUUCUGGAGGUCUACCAGUGCUGGAGGAAGCACAGCAGCGGCCUGCCAAACCCUCUGCUGAGAGACUGCAGCAACCAGCACAUCCGGGAAAUGAUGGUGAUGAGUCUGUCAUGUAUGGAGCUACAGCUGGAGCAGUGGACACUCACCAAAGGCAAGACUGUGUCUCCACGGAAGUGCACCCUGGGCCAGGCUGGCGAUCAUAGCAACACAGACUUCCCUGGCCUGCAUUUCCAGGGUGACCUUUUGCAGCUGGCCUUCGCCUCCUCUCAAAGAGACCUUUUUGAGGAUGACUGGCUAGCCUUCCUGGUGAGGGUCUACUGGCUCAAGGCCCGCUUCCAAGCCCUACAGGGCGAUAUGGAGCAGGCGCUGGAGAGCUAUGCUGUGUGCACAGGGAUGCUCCAGAGUCAGGCGGCACAACAGGCCAAGAGCGAGGAGGGGGAGAAGUAUACCAUCUACCUACCCAACCUCCGGGUGGACGCAGCCAUCUCCGUGGAUGAGAUCGAUAAGAAGCUGAAGUCUCUAGAGCGCUGCCAGUCCCUGGAGGAGAUCCAGCGCUUCUUUGAGUCUGGGGACUACGAGGCAGUGGUGCGACUGCUUCGUCCCACCCUCAGCUACGGACCCUCGGGACGGGUCAAGCCGCUGGAGUUCAUCAGCUCGGUUCCAGAGAGGCCGGCCCAGCUGCUGCUGCUGCAGAGCUCCCUGCUAAAGCAGCAGGACCUGCAGCAGUGUCUGGAGUGCUCGGAGGUGGCCCUGAACGAGGCCCUCCAGCAGCUCAACAGCGUCUCGUCCUCCUCGCCCUCCGCUAAGGAGGAGUGGGUGGCCACCAUCACCCAGAUGCUGUCCGGCAUCGAGCUCUGCCUCUCCCAGGAUCACGAGCUGCUGAACAGCGCCCCCCGAUCCGCCAGCAUGGCGCGGCUCACCAACAACCUCAUCCAGCUGAUUGACUGCAGCAUGGCCCUCCCAGAGGACCCCAAGGAGCCCCACUUCUCGUCAGUCCUCCCCUGGAUCAUCCUUCACCGCAUCAUCAAGCACGAGGAGGCGGCCUUCAGCAGCCUGCUGCGACAGCACCUGCCUCACGCGGACGAGGAGGAUGACCCGGACACACCCAUGCUGCCCUCCUCCCUGAUGCUGCUCAACACGGCGCACGAGUACCUGGGCCGGCGGUCCUGGUGCUGCAACUCGGACGGGGCGCUCCUCAAGUUCUACGUGCGGGUGCUGCAGAAGGAGCUCGCGGCCUCCACCUCGGAGGACACUCACCCCUACAAAGAGGAGCUGGAGACCGCCCUGGAGCAGUGCUUCUACUGCCUGUACGCCUACCCCAGCAAGAAGAGCAAAGCCCGCUAUCUGGAGGAGCACUCCGCCCAGCAGGUGGAGCUCCAGUGGGCAGAUGCCCUCUUCAUGUUCGAGUACUUCAAGCCCAAGACCCUGCCCGAGUUCGACAGCUACAAGACCAGCACGGUGUCGGCCGACCUGUCCAACCUGCUGAAGAGGAUCUCGGGCAUUGUUCCCCGCAGCGAUGCUCCCACCCUCACCAUGGAGGAGGUGUCGGCCUACAUCGAGGGCGUGUCAGCUAAGGUGCCCUCACUGCCUGAUGGAGCUAGUCCGGCGCCCCCGCUGGUCAACGAGCUGUACUACCUCUUGGCUGAUUACCAUUUCAAAAACAAGGAGCAGUCCAAGGCCAUCAAAUUCUACAUGCACGACAUCUGCGUCUGCCCAAACAGGUUUGACUCUUGGGCAGGCAUGGCCCUGGCCAGGGCCAGCCGCAUCCAGGACAAGCUGAACUCCAACGAGCUGAAGAGCGACGGCCCCAUCUGGAAGCACUCGCUGGCCGUGCUCAACUGCUUCAAGCGGGCCCUGGAGAUCGACGGCUCCAACCUGUCUCUGUGGAUCGAGUACGGCACCAUGUCCUACGCCCUCCACUCAUUCGCCUCCCGCCAGCUCAAGCAGUGGAAGAGCGAGCUGCCGCCCGAGCUGGUCAAACAGAUGGAGGAGCGGAGGGACUCCAUGCUGGAGACGUCCUCGCAGUGCUUCCAGGGGGCCUCUCGCUGCGAGGGGGACGGCGAUGAGGAAGAGUGGCUCAUCCACUACAUGCUGGGGAAGAUCGCAGAGAAGCGCAAGCGGCCCCCGCGGGAGUACCUGCUGCUCUACAAACAGGCAGCACAUUAUCUGCAUGAGGAGGCGGCCCGAUACCCACGCAAAAUCCACUACCACAACCCCCCCGAUCUGGCCAUGGAGGCCCUGGAGCUGUACUUCCGCCUCAGCGCCACCAUCCUCAAGCUUAUGGAGGCCGGGGACCCCGACGACCCCAACCUGGAGUACGAGUUCUUCUUCAACAUCCUGUCGGAGGCGGCGGCCGGACCCUUCGCCAGGGGGGAAGAGAAGAACAUGCCCAAAUCCAGCGAGAAGGAGAAGGUCCCAUCUGUGAACGACGAGGACUCGCACUCCUCCUCCAUGGGCGUGGCACCGGGCAUCGGGACGUCCCUCCCAUCCAGCGGGCCAGGUCUGACAUCCCCACCUUACACAGCCACACCGGUCGACCACGAUUACGCCAAACGUAAAACCCUCCGGCAGCGGCAGCAGCAGCAGCAGCAGCAGUGGCAGCAGCAGCAGGAGGAGGAGCAGCAGGCCGAUGAGCGCAGCCAGGACAGCGAGGUGGUGAUGCUGUCUGACUCCAACUCCACCCAGGACCCCUUCACCGAUGCCGCCAGCUCCCAAGACAGCAGCCAGAAGGUGCAUUCUGGGAAGGGCAGUGCAUCCUCUUCAGAGAAUACCACUCCCAUGAAGGAGGGGCAGCCAAGAGUGGAUGAUCCAGGCACUGUGGAAGAGAAAAGUGGUGAGGAUGGCAGCAAUCUUACCUUACAGGAGGAGAAGUGCAUCCAGGCUGUCCUAGACACACUUUCAAUGGCGCUGGCUGAAACUCCCACCCCAAAGCCGCCCGCCGACCCAGGCGCUCAGCCGCCGGCCGUCCCCACCACCCCGACCAAAGCAGGUCCAGCCCCUCCGGCCGCCCCCCAGACCCCAGCCGGCGAGGGCAAGAAGAAGCCAGAGCCAGCGGCGGAGGUGGCGGAUGUUCCCAAGUGCCUGCCGGCUGAUCGCCCGGAGCAGCGGCGUGUGCUGGUGGACAUGUGCGUCCGCGCCCUCUUCCUCUGCCUCAGCCGCUUCCCGCAACACUACAAGAGCCUCUACCGCCUGGCUUUCCUCUACGCCAACGGCAAGACACACCAGAACCUGCAGUGGGCCCGAGAUGUGUUGCUAGGAAGCAGUGUCCCAUGGCAACAGCUGAAGCACAUGCCAGCACAAGGACUUUUCUGCGAGAGGAACAAGACUAAUCUGUUCAAUGGAAUCUGGCGUAUUCCAGUGGAUGAAAUUGAUCGCCCAGGCAGCUUUGCAUCUCAUAUGAACCGAUCCAUCGUGCUCUUGCUGGAGGUGCUGUCUCAGCUGAAGGACCACGACACUCUGCUGAAAGUCUCAUUCAUGCUCCAGAGAACCCCUGACCAGGGAAAGAAGUAUUUGCGGGAUGUGGAUCGGCAGGUUUUGGCCAAGAGAGCGUUUUUCCUCACUGUAAAAGUACUGGAGGACAAUCUGAACAAACUCACGGGGGUGUCAGAGCAGCCUUCCAAAGUGCCGACGCCCCCCAUGGGGGAGAUGACGACGACGGACGUGUCCAACAGGCCCGGCGCGGAGGAUGGCAAGCAUGCGCCGCCCAAGAAGCCAGGGCUGACGGAGGGGGCGUGCCCGUCAGGCCAGGAGGCGGGGCCACGGGAGGCCCCUCAGGGACCGACCUCGUUGCAGGUCAUGGAUAUGCUGGAGCAGCAGCAGCAGCAGGCGGCCGAGCGGCCAGAGAGGAGGGAGGGCCCGGGGGGCGAGGGUGCCAGGCCGGGGCACGAGGAGCCCAUGGAGCUGGACGCUGGGCUCUGGGCUGGGGCCGCCAGGACCGCAGACUCUUUCCGUGCCCCCCAGGAGCCGGAGGCCCCCAGGGCCGGUGCGGACUCAGCGGAGAAGGGAGCCGAGUGCAGCCGGGCCCCGGAGCUCUCUCUGGAGGAGCUUAGCAUCAGCUCCAAGCAGCAGCAGCUGCAGGCCACCGCGGCCAAAGGACAGCUUUCCGGCAGCGCGACGGAGCCGGGGUCGGCCUCGGCACGCAGGCCCAGCAGGAAGAGGAAGCUGCUGGAGGACGUGGAGUCCGGGAAGACGCUCCUGCUGGACGCCUACAGGGUGUGGCAGCAGGGCCAGAAGGUCAUGACCUACGACCUGGGCCGCAUCGAGAAGAUCAUGUCUGAGACCUACAUGCUGAUCAAGCAGGUGGAUGAAGAUGCUGCACUGGACCAAGCGGUAAAGUUUUGCCAAAUCCAGAUGGCCACAUCCGCACAGAGACAGACUAGCGGUGACACGCCCACCACGCCCAAACACACCAAGGAGCACCGUGACAUCUUCUUCCCCGGCACGCUGCCCACAGCGGCACUUCCCAGCCACCCUGCCGGCCACUCCCUGCCUUCCCAGGACAGCGAGGCCAAGCCCAGCUCCGAGCCGGCCGGCAAGGCGCAGAGGACGCCGCCCACCUCCUCCUACUGCCCGCCUUCUGGGCCCCAGGACCAAUCGCAGCUGAGGAGACAGCAAAGCCAUCCAACGGCAGCCAUGGCCUUCCUCUCCCAGACAGAGGAGCACGAGGAACCACUAGAGGGCCUGGGCUACAGGCAGCAGGAGUCCCGGCUGUGCCAGCAGAUGAAGAUGGCCAGCGUGUCGCCAGGUCAGGAGGCCGCAGGCUGGCUCACUGAGGAGCCUGCGACCUGCAGUGCUCCACACCCUCCAUGCCCAGCGUCGUCCGUGAGCUCCUCUCCGGACCAACCAUACCCAGGCGGGGAGCAGUCCAAGCAGACGGACCCCAGCCGAAUCCGCUCCCGCAUCCCGCCUAACAUGCCAAAGCUCCUGAUCCCCUCCACCGUCACCAAGUUCCCCCCCGAGAUCACCGUCACACCCCCGACACCCACCCUGCUCUCUCCCAAGGGCAGCAUCUCUGAGGAGACCAAGCAGAAGCUCAAGAACGUCAUCCUGUCCUCUCAGUCGGCCGCCAACGUGAAGAAAGAGACCCUGUGCCAGCCGGCCUUGGAGGUGCAGGAGACGUCCAGCCAGGAGUCGUCGCUGGAGAGCGACACAGACGAGGAGGACGACUACAUGGACGUCUGAGAGGCCGGCGUUGCCGCCUGGCCCCCCGCUCCGUUCUCAGUGCGCUUUUGGGACUGUGCACAGGGGCCGCACACCGCCCAGCCGAACCAGGCUCUGACUCGCAUUUGAGUUUGUGUCCUUUUUAAUUCAUCCCCCCGCCCCCCGCCCCCCC